CGGGGUGGAGGGUUCUAGAAGGCGUGACGUGAGGUCAAGAGCGGGCUCCGAGGCGGGCACCUCUCGACAAUCGCUGUGGCUGCAGCCGCGGGGCCUAGAGACGCGGGCGGCCUGGGCCGCGGACGCCGCCGCCUCCUCGCCUCCCCGGCCAUGGCCGCCCUCGGCCGGCCCUUCAGCGGCCUCCCCCUGAGCGGCGGCUCGGACUUCCUGCAGCCGCCGCCGCCGCCAGCCUUCUCCGGCCGGGCCUUCCCGCCGGGGCCGGACGGCGCGGAGCUGGCCCCGCGGCCGGGACCCCGCGUCCCUCCGAACAGCGCGGCGCGCGGACGUGUUUCCGUUCCCUGCAAAAAGAAACACAAGCUAGAGGAGGAGGAUGAUGAUUGCCCAGUAAGAAAGAAAAGGCUAACUGAAGCAGGGCUCUGUGCUGGUCCUAAUGACUGGAUUCUUUGUGCACAUCAGGACAUAGAGGGUCAUGGAGUAAAUCCAUGCACUAGUGGCCCUUCUGCACCUGGCAUGUUAGAUGUCAUUUGUGAAGACAUGGAUCAGACAACUGGAGAACCACAGUGUGAAGUUGCCAGAAGGAGGCUGCAGGAAAUUGAGGACAGAAUAAUUGACGAAGAUGAAGAAGUUGAAGCUGACAGAAAUAUUAACCAUCUCCCCAGUCUUGUCCUUUCUGAUGCUAUGAAAACAGGUUUGAAGAGGGAAUUUGAUGAAGUCUUUACAAAGAAAAUGAUUGAGUCCAUGAGCCGUCCUUCCAUGGAGCUGGUGCUCUGGAAACCUCUCCCCGAACUCCUUUCUGAUAAGCCAAAGCCGUCGCCUACUGCUAAGAGCUACACAAGAGAGAGCCAAGCUAAGCGCGCCUCUACCGACACCCCCUUCCCCCGGAGAACUGAGCUGUUCUUGGAACCCCGGCCGACCGGGCUGCCUAUUUACAACAGUUUGGAGGCCGCUGCUUGCACAGAAGAAGAGAUGGAACUCUAGAAAUAUGUUUCUGUACUAAAGUUGUCAAAUUUUAGAAGGCUCAUGUGUUUAUUCGUGAGCCUGCUUACAUAGCAUAGGGACCUGAAAGCUCUGAAACGGGUGUAAGAAUAUCUCCACCUGUGGUUCGGGGUGGGACGCUCAGUUUUGGGUAGCCAUUUCUUAAAGUCAACUUUUGCCAAGGAAGCUUGCCUCCAGGGAAAAGCUAUUUUCUAAAGGGAUUAUUUUUGUGAGGUUACAGUCUGCGCAGGCAAGUCGAGACACUCCAUGUGUAAGGGUGACUUCAGUCAUCUGUCACAUUGUUCAGAAACUUGGAGAAUACUGAGACUCUUGAAUUGAAAAAAGAUGCAUUAAGAAAGAAGGUACCGUUACUACAACUGAACCCCGACAGUUGAAUCCCAGCUUCCUGUGUAGAUACGAUCUCUGUUUACAGUGCUGACUGUGACUGGGGAGAAGGAGGGAAGAAAGCAGUAGCUUAAGCCUUUUGCUAAGAAAUUUAAUAGAGGCUCUGAAACGUGUACAGUAGUUGUCAGUUCAAUGUAGCUAAAUUGAUUAACUAGCCCGUAGCAUUGCGGCUCACCUCUCUGCCUCUGAAAAUGCAAUGAAAACACAAAGAAAAGGUGUUACUGUAGCUCCUUGGAUUCCCUUGCAUAAUUGAUAAACGGAACUAUUCAGAAAUGUUUACAGCUUAAUUAACUUUGAUAAUUGAAAAGAUCUUGAGGUAACCCAUGUGCAGAUUGGCUGUGGAAGAAGCAUCUCGUGGGUAAUCCCGAGGAAGUGCUGUGUCGGCUAAGCCCAGGAUUGAUAACGUCACAGUUUAAAAAAAGGUGGUACCUGUAUGAACAGGUUGAGUUUUAAUGUUCAUUUAGAAAACUGACGAUAAUUAUCUGAGAACAUACGGGCAGGCCAUGUUGAGAUUUACUGAAAUAGCCAGUUUGCCUGGUGCUUCAGCUAUUACGCAGCAGCCUAGAGGUUGGUAGAGAAGAGCUUCCUGCGAGCAGGAAGUGUUCAGUUUUCAGACACAAACCAGCUCGAGGCGUCCUUUGGGGAUAACCAAGGUCAAACCGUUUUAUUUCUCAGGAAGAACUUUUCUGUGUGGCAAGGACUCAGUAGUGCGAAGUGAAAUGACAAUUCCUUGAAUGCUACAGAAUAUUCACUAUAACUUAUUAAAUGAGUGUAAUAGUGUAAUAUCGGCCCUUUCCUCACAUAACAGACCACCCUAGUUCUUUUUUGUUUUUCCUUUGUAGGAAUCAGAUACCUUGUAUAGAAA